UGUGGAAAUGUACCAGAAUGAAGCAGCUAAUAGUUCUUUUUGUUUCAUAAAUCGUUGGAAUUUGCCACAGAAUGAAGACUAUCAAAAUGAACCGACCUCAGCCAUACUGGACUAUUGUAAGCGUACGUUCCUGCGCCCCUACAUGAUCAUUUUAUCGCUGGUUGGCCUCAAUCCCAUAUCGACGGACACGACAAAAUGUCGUUCAUUUUUAAGUUAUUUUCAGUGUCUCAGUUUGGUGGUGGUCCUGAUAUUUGGUUAUUUUUUACAGUAUUUGUCAUCGUAUCGCGGUGAUCGUGGCUUUUCAACAAAUCUCAAAAGUCUCCACCUAACCGAUGAAAAUGCCUCAUUGGCCGAACUGCCCGACUACAAUGCCUCUCAAACAAUUGGUGAACUAAUUUUUGGCUAUGUCAUACCAUUCCUACUCGAUUUGGCGGGCUAUGUCUCAGCUAUUAUAUGCUGCAAAUUCAUCGAUCAGGAACAAUUACAAAAUCUCAUUGAACGCACUUUCCUGAUGUCAAUGCAACCGAAACGUUUAUGCCGCAUUCUUUGGCUGCACAUUGCAUUGGCUUUCAUUCUGUUCGGUUGCCUCUAUGCUUACGUAGUGCCGGUGGUUGUAAUGCAACCCACCAUUAUCAAGGUCAAAUGGUUGACUCACAUGGAAAGUGAUCUUGGACUAUCAGUAAAGAUACUUCUCUUAUUAACAAUUGCUGCACAAGAUAUUAUCGAGAUCAUCAUACUGAGUAGCUACUGUAUCGAAUGUUAUCUACUAAAAAUACAUUUGAUGACACUAUCACAGAAGUUGCUAUUGCAUUCAAUAGACUCCGUGGAUUGGAUGAGAGAAAUUCUGGAAUUUCGUAAACUAUUGGAUCGUCUUAACAAUCAUGUCUCCAUACCCGUGUGUUUCUUUAUUGUCAUGAAUUUGGCAUAUGCCUUUGCCGGUUUCAUUUUCAUGUUCAAAGAUUUCGAUUUUCAUUAUUCGGCAUUGAAAAUUGUUAUAUUGAAUUUUAUAAAUGUUGUUCUAUGGCUAUUGCUCGGCCUAAUGCCAUUCUUUAUGGCCUCCUCGCUAACGCAUGCCUGUCAAACGGUUAAAGGUAAUGGACAUUUUUUGCGUGUACGUCCAUUCCUCUAUCACAAUACCUCAACGGAUGAUCUCAAUUCGAUGCUAAUGUUUGCCUCCACUCUGGAUAUGUCAGCGAAAUUAUUUCGAAUGCCAAUACAAUCGAAUUAUCUGUGUUUUGCCAUACUGGUGCUAUCCAUUGUGGUGCUAACCAUGGGAAUGUGUUUCAAUUUAAGUCUGUUGGGAAUGUUUUAG